GCUCGCUGGCACUGCUCCUCGUGGACCAGUCAGCGGAGCGAAAUUGAAGCUGACAAGACUUUUCUGGCGUUUUGGAAAGGACUGUAAUCUACUGUAGGGGAGAACAGAGCCAUUCAAUCACCGCCGCUGUAAAUAGGAGACGGAAGGGAGUGAGAAAGGAGGCGAAGAGAAAAAGUGCUUGCUGGGGGGGGAGGGGGGGGCGGCAUUUUUGGUGGAUGGUAUGAAGCCAGCCAUGGAAACUGCAGCAGAGGAAAAUGCAGAACAAAGCCAAGAGAAAAAAGUGAUCACCAGACCAGAAAUGGAAAUUGGCAGGUACCACUGGAUGUACAGGAGUUCAAGGCCACACCGGUACCAUCAUGUGCCAGCAUUGAGAGGCAAUAUUAGUCCUUUGGGGAUUCAAGGUUGCUUUGAAUGUUGCAUUAAGUGCCUAGGAGGAGUGCCAUAUGCUUCACUCGUGGCAACCAUUCUCUGCUUCUCGGGGGUUGCAUUGUUUUGUGGCUGUGGCCAUGUGGCGCUCACAGGGACUGUGUCUAUCCUGGAGCAGCACUUCUCCACGACUGCCAGUGACCAUGCUUUGCUGAGUGAAGUAAUUCAGCUAAUGCAGUAUGUAAUUUAUGGCAUUGCAUCAUUUUUCUUCUUAUACGGGAUAAUCCUUUUGGCAGAAGGCUUUUAUACAACAAGUGCUGUGAAGGAGCUGCAUGGAGAGUUCAAAACAACAGCUUGUGGCCGCUGCAUCAGUGGAAUGUUUGUUUUCCUCACCUAUGUGCUUGGAGUGGCCUGGCUUGGGGUCUUUGGCUUCUCUGCUGUGCCUGUCUUUAUGUUCUAUAACAUAUGGUCAACUUGCGAAGUCAUCAAAUCUCUUCAGACAAAUGUGACAGUUCCAGGGGACCAGAUCUGCGUGGAUAUCAGGCAAUACGGUAUUAUCCCUUGGAAUGCUGUACCUGGCAAAGCCUGUGGCCCGAUUCUAGAGAACAUCUGCAACACGAAUGAGUUCUACAUGUCUUACCACCUGUUCAUUGUGGCUUGUGCUGGAGCUGGUGCCACCGUCAUAGCAUUGCUGAUCUACAUGAUGGCUACUACAUAUAACUAUGCUGUUUUGAAGUUUAAGAGUCGGGAAGAUUGCUGCACUAAAUUCUAAAUUGUAUAAGCCCAGUAAAGAGCUGCAUUGCGUAGCUUGAAAUACCACUGACACCCUAGGCUGAAAGUCUAGCUUUCUGAAUUUUGUGACAGUAAUUGUAAAUAGCUUCAAUAAGCAUCAUUUAGCUGAUCAGAUUAAUAAAAUGAUUUCUUGUAUAUGAACUAUGAUGUGGAUGAGAUCUGGCUAUUCUUUCAUGUUGAGAGGAUUCAGUUACUGUAGGGGUGUUUCUAAAGCAUCCUUCUGAAGAUGGGAUGUUUUCAGUUCAAGUCUCCACUGGCUUUCUAACAGUCAUCUCUAAAACAAGUACUGGAACAGUUCAGGGUCAGAAUUGUUAAUUUAUUCUUCAUCAAAUACAACCCCCUCCCCAGCAUACAAAAUAUAUAUGAUGCAAAAGAAAAGGAGUUAUAAGGUAGUGCCAAUCUCUUUCAGCAGAAAUCAGAAGGCCAGGUAUCAAUGGACUAAUUGGCUUGUGUUUCCAGUGAUUCCAUGGAUGAAGAAGUUAAUUAUUUCCUCUUACUUCUGUUUCAAGUAACUGCCAAAUCACACUCUCUCUGGCAGGAACAUCCUUUGCAUUAACUCUGCGUAAAACAAUCACAUUCUUUCUUUUAGACCCUGAACUAGUAAGAACGAGUUUACAAAUAGCUUCUGCUCUUGUACAGCUUGCACUUUAGUAACUGAUUUCUCAGUAGCCAGAUCUCAAAAAUGUAAGUAUGACUGCACGGGAAGCAAAACCAUGCAUAGGCCAGAGAGAUUUUUUUUUUUACACUGUUAGGGAAAAGAGGGAAAAAAAGUGAAUCAGUGUUUUCAGAUGUAGAUUUUGUUGCAUGAAGUGUGGUGAAAAGAAGUUGGGAAGAGACGAAGGCACAAACUAGAAAAAAUCUACCCGGUAACUAAACGAAAAAGAACCGGUUGCUACAUGUGGUACAAAACUCUUCACCUGAGGUUAGACAAUGGAAAUUUAAAAUGUAGCUAUAAAAGUACACGAUUAAGACUUCUUAACCCGGAGAUUGCAUGCUUUUGCUUAGUUUUGGAUUCAUGUUUUGUUGUUUAAUUUUUCACUCUGUUACUGUAGCCUUGUUCACGUAAAUAAAACUGUUUACAGUUGCAGGCUUUUUCCAGGGGGAGGGUGGAAUUCUCAUCUGCUUGUUGGGGGAAAAGACUUGCCGGGAUCUGGGCUUGGAUAUGCGUAACCAGCACAACCUCAGCCAGCAGUUCUCCUGAGCACCUCGUAGUUUAUGGAUGCCGUGUCUCGCCACGUACAAAACCUUUUUCCUGCUUCCCCCAUUCUGCAUUUUAAUUGAUACGUACAACUCUGUAGCUCAUUUUGUUACUGUUCUACUAACUGCCUCUAAAUUGUGAAUAACUGACUGAAGUGUUAGCAUGCCAGAUCCUAGAGACCUGUGGAAAUAGCCUUUGUGCUUGUUUUCAUAACAGAAUGCUUAUUAACGUAGAGUAACUUUAUUUUUUUUGGUUGUUGUUUCAAAGAGCGUCUAUUAAUCUAACUAGCAGCUUGCUUUGCCUCUUGACAUGCUCACUAGCCAUCAUGCUCACCCUUCUCUUCCAGAUCCACUUCCUCAUGAUACUGUCUUCUAACUGGGCCUACUUAAAGGAUGCCAGCAAAAUGCAGGCCUACCAAGAUAUCAAAGCAAAAGAAGAGCAGGAGCUUCAGGAUAUCCAGUCUCGGUCAAAAGAGCAACUCAAUUCUUACACAUAGAUGUUUGCCACAGUAAUUCCACAGAAGAAUUCCUGUAGCUCUGACAAAUCAACAAAUAGCUGCUCUGCAGUACAGAUGUGUGUCUACCAAACAAAGUUAGAAGUGCAAAAGCUUCACAUUCCAGCUCCUGGAACACUUUCAUAGGGAAAUCUUCCUGUGGGUAAUCUUCCAUCCUUUCUUAAAGAGAAUGGAGGUUUUAUUCCAGGCAUUUUAAAAGGCAACACUUCACACUAAGUGACCAAAUUAUUCUUCUUCCAGACUUCUGAUAUUUAGCAUUUGAUGUGUUCCUACAGCCCUGAGCCCUGCACAGAGCUGUGGCAGGUGCUCCACACCAGCAGGCAGCUGCCCGCUGUGCAGACCUUAGGCAAAGGCCUGAAGUCUCCCGAGCUGCAGCAGGGCUGCCCUGGAACAUUCCUGGCCUGGGCUGCAGGAACAGCGCCCUGCUCUUGUGCCACACUUUUCUAUGAUGAAGCAGUUGCGCUCCUGUGCUCACAGGAGUGUUGAGUAGAGGCCCCAAGUUUUAAUCUUUUUACUACGUAUUUAAUGGAAUGUAGAUCCCUGGGUCUGGAUAAUGAUCCCCUUCUUGGAAAAUAAAUGUCAGCUUCGCCUUAAUAUUUAUUUUCUAUAAAUGUCUUAGCAUUUAUAUAAUGGCAGGAGACCAUUAUCCUACAUUUUAAGUAUGUGAAAAGUGUUACCUUAUUAAAAUGACACUGAUCUGACUAUUCCAAAUGAGUGGAUGAGAAAGUUUGCAGAGAUUUACACAAACAAUACAAAUUACAGCCAUAAAGCAGAAUACAGGUUGUCCACCUUUCUCUAUCUUGGUGCUUAGCAAAUUUAUUAUAGUCAGUGCUUCUGUGUUUUCCUUUUUACAAAUGAUUUAGCACAUUAAGAAAAUGUGGUGUUCAGAGAAACAACAACAAACAAACUGGUGCCAUUUUAAAGUCAUUUUCCAUAGAAGUCUGCCUUCUAAUUAAUGUUUUUUUUCAGAAGCAUUCAGUGAUAUCUUGAGUAUUAGUGAUGGUAUAUUUGGUGUUUGUUCUAUAUGAUAUAUAUAUAUAUAUAAAUGUUGGGGGGGGAAUAAAACACAUCAGCAUUUGAAAAAAUUAAAUAUUCAAGUCAUACCCAUGUUAAGCUGACGUGUGGUUUGAUAGUUUUGACUGUUUGCUGAAUAUAAAGCAAAGGCAGCACAAAUUCCUUCAAGUCAGUAUUAAGAGAAAGGUGUUUUGGGGGGUAUUAACUUCAAAUAGAAUCUUUUUUUUUUAAAUGUUGAAGUCUAAUUUGACAGUUUCAAAACAGGGGCAAAGUAAGUUGAUCAAUGUAGAGCAAAUAUGACAAAAUAGCCUAGUGUAUGUUCUUACCUGUUGCAUGAAGGAGACAUUUCUACGGCAAUGCAGGUGAUGUUCUAGCCCAGUGUUUGCAUAAGGGUAAAAUGGAGGCAGUGUCUUAAAGCCUAAUUCUUUUCUAAUUCAGUGUAGCUAUGACUGGGAGUUUUUGAAGUUUUGUUUAAGUAGUCUAAUAUUUUUAUGUAAAGAGCAUUAAAUUUUGCUAUGUAUAAAUUUUUGUAACCUAACAGUGAAUCAAUAUUUUCUAUCAGUGCCAAGGGCUUCCUGUAGUUACAUCCAAGUGUUAAAAUAAAUAUUUGUAGAUAAUAGAAAACACUUGUGUACGCUUAUUUGAAAACAGACUUACAGCUGCUCCGUCCUGGUGCACCUUCAGGCUUUCUGUCUCUGUCUGAAGUUAAAGAUGUUUUCUUCAGGAGUAUCCAGGUGCUCCUGUAGUGGAAAGGGAGGCCCUGGCGGCGUACGCUUCAGCGUGGCAAAUCAGCAGGUGGCUCUAGCACAAAGUGGUGGUAGUUGUUCCUGGCCAGCAUAAUGCAACAAGCACUACCUGUCCCAUUCUGGGCAUCAAACAGAAGGCCUCUCAGAAAUAUCCAAAGUGCCAGCGUUGCUGCAGCACCAAAUUAAGCAUCAUGUAAAAUUAGACUUGCCACCAGAUUACAUACUAGCUUGAUUUCUAAAAGCAAAGUUUAUUUCUGUCACAUUUGUGGUACACGUUUCAGCUUCUGAUGAAUUCAAGACAGAGCUUUGUUUUUUGCCCCUAAAUUCUGUCAAACUUGGCUUCAUGUUCCUGUAGCUAGGUCAAGUUGAGCAGCCUCAAAUGCAGUGCAAGUUGUAAUAUAUGCUGCCACUCAAAAUCACUUCAUUGAUAAAAAUACUGUAUUUUAUACUGUAAAUAAAGUUUAAUGAUCUUGCCUAUAAUCUACCUACAAAAUACAAAGCUUAAAUAAAGAUGAGUUAAAUAGC